AUGGUGCAAGGCGUUGCUGCUGAUGACAACUCAGAUGAUAUGUUCGUUAUUGGAAAGGACAAAGUGCCCAGAAAGAAUCUAAUCUGUUUGACGGAUGCUCAAAAAGAUGCGAAACGAAACACAUGGAAACGGAUCAUGCAAAAUGUCAAAUGUGUCGUCGCACCAAUGGUUGAUCAAAGUGAAUUGGCAUUCCGGAUGAUGUUGCGGGAGCACGGAGCCGAUUUGUGUUUUUCACCGAUGAUACAUGCUCAGUUAUUCGUCAAAGACGUCACGUACCGCAAAUCCGCAUUCUCGUCUUGUUCGUCAGACAGACCUUUGGUGAUACAGUUCUGUGCGAACGAACCUGAUAUAUUGCUGUCAGCAUGCUUACUUGUCGAAGACAUCUGCGAUGGCGUUGAUCUGAAUCUUGGUUGUCCACAGCUGAUUGCCAAACGAGGUCAUUAUGGUGCAUAUUUACAGGAAGAUAUUGAACUGGUGUGUGAAAUGGUUUCGAUUAUCCACUCGUAUUGUCAUGUACCACUUUCGUGCAAAAUUCGUAUCUUGGAUGAUAUCGAUAAGACACUAUCUUACGCACGAGCGCUGGAAAAGGCUGGAGCAUGUAUGUUGACAGUUCAUGGCCGCACAAGAGAGCAGAGAGGUGCCAGUACAGGUCUCGCCGAUUGGAAUGCAAUUCGUAUCGUUCGUGAGGCAGUCAAUAUUCCAGUUUUGGCCAAUGGCAAUAUUCAGAUGCCAGAAGACGUGCAAGAAUGUCUGAAGGUCACAGAUGCGAAAGGGGUGAUGAGUGCAGAAGGCGUUUUAUCAAAUCCGUUCCUUUUUGAAGCGCGACACGAACCGAAUUGGAUCGUUGCGAAAGAGUAUUUAAAAUUUGCUCGUCGGUACAAAGCUGGUAUGAGUGCGGUGAGGGCGCAUCUUUUUCGAAUCUGUCAUCACAGUCUGCUCGAAUACAACGACUUACGAGAGAAGAUGUCUUACGUAUUUACGUUGCGCGAAUUUCACGAAAUAAUCGAUGGAAUCGAGGAUCGUAUUAAUUCGGUGAUACUCACCGAUGAUGCCACUUGUUAUAAAAACUGUUGCAAAACACAGCCGUGUGCACCGUGCCCGUUAGAUUUGCCGCAUUGGAUAUGCAAACCAUACUUUCGACCGCAACGUAACGAUUCCGUAGUAUCGAAUUCAUCAUAUCGCGAACGGCGUCGAGCCGAGUUGGAUGCGUUGGCUGAAGAAACUGGUCUGUCCAGGCGACAGAUACGUAAACGUGAAAAACGCAGAAUCGAAGGUCGAAAAGACCAAAGCAAAAAGGAAUCCUAUCCGAAGUGUGUUCGUUGUACGUUACCCGCUAGUCAAGGUUGUAUCUUUUUGUUUUGCAAGAAUUGCUGUCGUUACAAAGCAUCGCAUGAGCAUUCAGAUUGUAAAGGUACGUAUUUCGUAUAG